CGACGCCGAUUCCUUCACUCAGUGGACGGCAGCAUGUGGUGGUGGCUGGUGCUCGUGGCGCUGGCGACGGCCAAGCGCGCCCCGUCGACCCAGGAGCCCGUCAUCGAGGAGGUCACGGCCAAGCAGCUGGAGCGCGUAUUGGCAGAAAAGGACUUUGUGGCCGUGUUCUGGUAUGCUCGUAGCUGCACCACGUGCGACCGCGUGCUGCAAGAGUUGGAGCAAAUCGACGACGAUACGGACUCGUUCGGAGUGGACUUCGUCAAGAUUAACGAUAAACGACUGGCCAAACAGUAUGGCAUCACCAAAUUUCCUGCACUUACCUAUUUUAGAGAGAAACAACCGAUUAUCUACGAAGGAGACUUGAUGGAUGAGGAGAAUGUCUUGGACUUCUUGACGAGCUUGGAAGCGAUGGACUUACCCGAUCGCAUAGAAGAAGUCAAUUCGCGAAUUUUGGACAAAAUCGUCCAGGAAACCGAUUUUGUAGCUGUUUUAUUCUGUCCUGAUGCAAGUACGUGUUCCAAUAAAGGAGUCAAUAAACCAGAGUGCAAAAAAUGCUCAAAAGUCCUCCUGGAAUUGGAAAAUAUUGACGACGAGGCUGACCAACUUGGAAUCGGAUUUGUCAAAAUCAAUGACGAGAAUCUGGCAGAAGAAUAUAAUCUAGGACCUCUACCAGCACUGGUCUACUACAGACACCAAAUCCCAAUCAUUUAUGAAGGUGAACUAACUAAAGAAGAAGACGUCUUGGAGUGGCUCGUGCAACACAAAAGCACCGGAGACGAAGACGACAUCAUCGAAGACGUAACUCUUAAAACCCUCUCAACUCUAAUUUCAAGUGUGGAUCAUCUGGCAGUACUUUUCUACGAUCACGGAGAUGAGGAAUCAAUGUCGGCGUUAGAAGAACUAGAACAUAUUGAUGACGAUUGUGAUAAAUACGGGAUCCAGUUCGUGAAAAUCGACGAUGGGGCGGCAGCUGACGAAUACGGUUUAGACGCGCUCCCUGCAGUUGUCUACUUCGAGAAAGGAAUUCCAAAUGUUUAUGACGGGUCCUUGGAGGAGGAGGAAGAAUUUUUAGAAUGGUUAGUGCAACAACUCGAAAAGGACGAAAUCGAGGACGUCACUGAUGAAAUGUUAGACAAGCUUAUAAACGAAGGGAAGAAUUUGGCAGUCUUGUUUUACAAUGAAGAUGAUAGGAAGUCACAGCGAGUCCUCAACGAAUUAGAAAAUAUUGACGACGAAUGCGACCAGCUCGGAAUCGUUUUCGUGAAAAUUGAUAACGAUGAAGAAGCUCAAGAAUAUGGAAUUGAGAAAAUCCCAUCUUUGGUCUAUUUCGAAAAUGGAAUACCAACACUAUACGAAGGGAAUUUGGAAGAGGAGGAAAAAGUUCUAAAGUGGUUGGAACACCAGGUUAAGAGUGACGAAAUUGAAGAUGUUACAGACGAAAUGCUUGAUCUGCUCAUUGACAAGAAGCAGUACGUAGCAGUACUGUUCUAUGAUAAGAAUCAGAAAAAAAGUCAGAAAGUCUUGGCGGAACUAGAAAACAUUGACGAUGAAUGCGACCAAAACAACAUCGCAUUUGUGAAGAUUGACGAUAGUGGAGAAGCCAAAGAAUACGGGAUCGACGUAAUCCCCAGCUUAGUUUUCUUCGAAAAGAAAAUCCCCCACCUUUACGAAGGUGAUCUACUAAAAGAAGACGAACUUCUAGGGUGGCUCAUCCACCAAAAAAAGCACAGCGAAAUCCCUGACAUCACUGACGAAAUGAUGGAUCGUCUGAUCGACAACACCAAAUAUCUCGCAGUCUUGUUUUACGAUAAGGAUGACAAACAAGACAUUCGAGUGUUAAACGAGCUCGAAAAUAUUGACGACGAUUUGGAAAAAGAGGGAAUUGUGAUUGUCCGCAUUGACAACGAUGCUGAAGCUAAGGAGUUCGGAAUUGACCACCUACCAACUCUAGUUUACUUCGAAGAUAAAAUUCCUUCGCUCUAUGAAGGAGACUUGAUGAACGAAGACGAGGUUCUCCAAUGGUUGAUCGAGCAGAAAACUUCCGCAACAAUUGAAGAAGUUACUGAUGAAAUCCUCGAAGAUCUGAUACAAGAACAUGAAUACGUGGUAGUCUACUUCAGUGGCAAUUGUGACGAAGGGCAAAAAUGUGACGAUAUAUUGGAUGAAUUGGAAAAUAUCGACGACGAACUUGACGAAACUGGCAUCAUCUUCGUCACAACCGAAGAUUCAGUUAUGGCGAAAAAACACGGAAUUAAAACGUUCCCGAAACUUGUAUUCUUCCGUAACAAAGAACCGCUGAUCUAUUCUGGUGAUAUUGAAGACGAAGAUGAGGUACUCGCGUGGCUUACUGACGAAGACACUCUGGAGAUUCCCGACAGAAUUGAAGAAGUCAACUCGAGAAUGUUGGACAAGAUUUUGACCGAGAAUGAUCACGUUGUGGUGUAUUUCUAUAAAGAAGGUGACAAAAAGUGUCAAAAAAUCUUGCAAGAGUUGGAAAACAUCGACGAUGAGUGUGAGGACAAAGAUAUCGAUUUCGUCAAAAUCUCCGAUGAGGGUAUUGAGAAAGAGUACGAUUUGCCAUCACUUCCGGCCUUGGCGUUCUACAGACACAGAUUCAGAGAUAUCUAUUCUGGGGAUUUGAUGCAUGAAGAGGCUAUUCUUGACUGGGUCUUGAACUUGCGUGAUUCCGCACCUGACGUAAUUGAAAGCGUAGAUAGGAAAACACUUCAAGGGCUUAUAACUGAUGUGGAACAUCUGGCUGUGCUAUUUUACACCGACGAUUGUGAAGAAUGCGAAGAGAUUCUGGAAGAGCUGGAAACCAUCGAUGAUGACGCAGACAAGCACGGGAUUCAGUUUGUUAAAUCGAAAGAUCAAAAACUGGCUUCGGAGAUUGGUAUAUUUAGUUUUCCGGCUUUGGUUUAUUAUGAAACAGGAGUGCCGAUAAUGUAUGAUGGUGAUCUUAGUAACGAGGACAGAGUUCUGGAAUGGCUAGUUGACCAGAAAAGUGAUGAGGAUUCGGAUGAGGAGGAUGAUGACGACGAAGACGAUGACGACGACGACGACGAUGAAGACGACGACGACGAUGAUGACGACGAUAGCGAAGAGAAUAAUUUGGUUAAGGGGAUGUUUUCAGGGGAUGGUUGCUUCUACAUCGGAAUGGGGGGAAAAGGCCAGCUUCCCAACCCUUCCUACGAACCCUACCAAUGCUGUCCUAGUAAACCGGCUCAAGGAAGCAAAUUUGCAAAACUAGCCGCUAAAGGAGCUAAAACCACUAAAAACCGACCCUUACCUAAAGAGAUCAAAAAGCCAGAAAGAUCCGUGCCGAUGAAAACCGUUUCAAAGGCUAACAAACCCACCAAAACUAAGGAAAUCAAAGAGAAAAUUAUACCGGUCAAACCGGAAAAAGGAAAGGGAAAAAAGGGCUUUUUCGGGACCGGAAACCUGCUCGACGAAACCGAAGUCCUAGACUGGAUGACCGACCAAAAGGACGACGAGAGCAUUGAAGAAAUCGACAGAGACAUGCUUUUCAAAUACAUAGAGACGAAAGAGUUCCUUGCUGUCAUUUUCUACAAGGAAGAAGACCCGGACAGUCCCCGAAUCCUGCGACACGUCGAACUGAUCGACGACGAAGCCGCCGAAUACGGAAUCAAAAUCGUCAAAAUGCGCGACCGCCUAAUGGCCAAAAAAUACGGCUUCCGGGACCCUCCCGGAAUCACCUACUUCCGCAAAGGCAAGCCGAUUAAAUACGACGGCGACAUUGACGAUGAAGAAGAGAUACUCGAUUGGCUCACCGACCCUGAAAACAUGGAACUAACGGACCACAUCGAACGUGUGAACCGAAAAAUGUUCGAAAAAAUCCGCCAAAGGUCCGACUACGUCGCCGUUUUCCUCUACAGCAACGACUGCAAACAGUGUCCGAAAGUCCUCGCCGAAGUGGAGCACAUCGACGACGAAGCCGACGCUGCUGGAAUCAAUUUCGUCAAAAUCGACGACAAGCAAAUGGCGAGACAAUUCGGAGUGUUUGCUCUCCCAGCUAUUCUCUUCUUCAAACUAGGGUCAAAAGAACCGGUCAUCUAUGCCGGGGAUUUGUACGACGAGCAGCAGAUUUUGCAGUGGCUGUUGACACAGCAAGACCCGUCAGGUGAUGUGAUUGAGGCGACUGAAGGCAAUGAGUUGUUACGACUGAUUGAGGAAGAAGACGCGUUGGCUGUUUAUUUCUGGAACAAGACUCUGUGUGAUUUGUGCAGUGCACAGGAACAGCAACAUGGGAGGAAGGCGCACAAAGUUAGGACCACUUCGGACGAGGAAGAAGAUGCGAAAGACGAUAACGAUGAGUGUGAACAAUGUGCCCACAUUUUGGAAGAGUUGGAGAAUAUCGACGACGAUUGCGAACGCCACGGAAUUCUCUUCGUCAAGACGCAGGAUUUGAAAAUUGCCGAACAGUACGGAGCGACCGACUUCCCAGUUUUGAUGUAUUUCGAAAGUGGGGUUGGGGGCGUAUUUGAGGGCGACCUGGAAGAGGAGGAGGAAGUCCUCCAAUGGCUUAUCCAGCAACGAACCGAAGACCGAAUCGAGUUAAUUACAAGAGUCAUGUUGGAAAACCUAGUCCAAGACACACAAUACUUGGCUGUCUACUUCUACAAGCAGAAUUGCCACAUUUGUGAGCAGAUUUUGGAAGAUUUGGAAAAAAUCGACGAUGAGUGUGAUGUCUACGGAAUUCAUUUGGUCCGGAUUCAAGACCCGCAAUUAGCGAAACGCUACAGUAUCAAAACAUUCCCUGCACUUGUCUAUUUCAGAAACGGCAAUCCGUUGCUGUUUGAAGGCGACCUCCAGAACGAAGACUCAGUGCUCGAAUGGCUAAUAGACGACGACAACCGCGAGCUUGCUGAUGAGAUCGAAUCAGUCAAUGAAAGAAUGUUAACAAGACUGCUCAACGAGUCUCCAUUUCUCGCAGUCUUCUUCUACGAUGAAGAUUGUCCCGAAUGCGACGAAAUUCUGGAAAAUUUGGAAGAAAUCGACGGGGAAGCCGACAUGUUCGGAAUCGACUUUGUCAAAAUAUGCAGCGCUGAGGCCGCAGCUGAGCAAGGGUUGCACACGCUUCCCGCACUGAUGUAUUUCCGGAAGAAGACCCCGAUGGUGUACGAAGGCGACUUGACCCAAUCCGACAAAGUGCUCGACUGGCUGACCUCUCAAGACGUUUUCGAAAUCAAAAAUGAGAUCGAAGAAGUGAACAAAAAAAUGUUGGAGAAACUCUUGGAAGAGAACGAGUUCGUCACGGUGUUUUUCUAUGAAAUUAAUUCGGAAGAGAGCAAGGCAAUUAUGGAAAAGCUGGAGAAUAUUGACAGCGAGACGGACAACUUUGAUAUCACGUUUGUCAAGAUGGCGGAUCCGCGGUACGCCAGAAAAUGGGGCGUGACGAAUCUUCCCGCCAUCGUGUACUUCCGAAGACGUUUCCCGAGCAUAUACCGCGGAGAUAUGCAUUCCGAAGCUGAUGUUUUGGAAUGGUUGCGAAAGAAUCGUUUCCGACAACCCGAACUGAACAUUUUCAUGUACGCGUUAUUCGCCAUUAGCAUCGCUUUUGUCAUUUACACAGCUUUUCUCCUCCAAUGUUUCAAGACUCAACCGCAAGCUGUGGUCCCCCAUCCCAAGCAGUCCUAAGUCUUGUAUGAAAGUCGCGUGAAAGAAGUGUGGUCUUGAAGCAUUAUCAGCAUCCUUGUAUGAAGGGAACGUUAGAUCAAGUCAUUCUGGUUUAGUUUUUUAUUUUUACUAAUUGAAUUCCCUUUGUUAUAAGUUGUAAUCCAUUUUGUCAUAUCCUGGACCAAAGAAAACCAUGAUACAUCACCACUGAAAUGUUCAUCUAGAUAAUUUAAUUUGUGUACAGCGACUGUACAAUCAUUCCCAAGAGAAUUUAUGGACAGGAAAGUAUAGAUAAACGUAUUAAUAUAGUUAUCUACUUUUAGGUGAACAUUGUAAAUACUCUUGUAAAUAAAUAAAUUAAGUUUACGUAAAA